AUGGCGUCCAAACGAGGCAAGUUCCAAAUAUUGGCGAGGCCAGUCACAAUUUUGGGGCAUGUGGUGGCCAUGGCGGUGGCAGCUCUCAUUCUUGCUUGGAUCCUCCAUUUUAGAGAAGGGGUUGCUCUCAAAUCAGCCAACAAGCUCAAAAUUCUAAAUCUGCAUGUGGUUUUGAUGGUGGUUGGAUUCAUCUUGUUUGGGGGAGAAGCUAUAAUGGCAUACAAGUCAUUGCCAGGAAAAAAAUAUUACAGAAAAUUGGUGCAUUUGGUAUUGCAUAUAACAGCACUAGCUUGUGGAAUUUUUGGGGUUUGCUUGGCUUUCAAGUUCCACCAUGACACUCACCUUUCAGAUCUUCUUUCCUUGCAUUCUUGGUUUGGUUUGAUCACCAUUUCCUUGUAUGCUCUUCAGUGGGUAUUUGGUUUCUUUGCCUACUUCUUCCCUGGGGCUGAAUCAAGGAGGAGAGCAAGCAUAAUGCCAUGGCACAUUUACUUUGGAAUAUUCAUCUUCUUGAUGGCAAUUUGCACUGCAGAAUUAGGGUUACUCCAAAGGUUCAAUACUCUCAUUUUGGGGCACUCCCAAGAGGGCCUUAUUGUCAAUUUCACUGGCCUCCUCCUCCUUCUAUAUGCUGCCACUGUUGUCCUCACUGUCAUUCUUCCACCCCUUUAUUGA